AUGGCAGCGAAAGCCAAAACACUGGUUAAAUUAAAACCAAUCACUGGCCGAAAUGAAGAGAAAAAAGCUAUUAAUUCAACAAAAAAAAUUCCUCCUGUUCAAUUAAAUGAUCAACCACAAUUAAAACCAAUUACAAUAAAUAUAUCAGAAUUUAAUCGAUUAGUUAUUGGAGAUUUUACACAAGACUUUUCUAAACAAGCAUCACGUCUUUUUAGAAUUUUUAUUAGUUCAACUUUUUCUGAUUUUAAAAUCGAAAGAAAUGAACUUUAUCGACGAGUAUUUCCACCCAUUAAACAAAGAUGUGCACAACUUGGUUAUGAAUUUCAAGUUGUUGACAUGAGAUGGGGUGUUUCCGAUACAGCUGAUAGCGAUCAUACAGCUGAUAUAAUGUGUAUGGAUGAAAUUCAUCGAUGUAUUGAUCUAUCAGUUGGUAUUAAUUUUAUUUAUUUAAUUGGUAAUCGUUAUGGUUACAUGUAUUGUCCAGUUGAAAUUGAUGAAGAUGAAUUUGAAACGAUUCUUGAAGUUGCACGUGAAGAAAAUAUAGAUAAUAUUGAUCUUAUACAAAAAUGGUUUCAACUUGAUAAAAAUUCUUAUCCAUCGAAGUAUGUUUAUGUUCCAAUUACAACUUAUUUUAAACAUUUUGAAGAACAAUCAAUUGAACAACAAGAAGAAAAAAAACAAUGGCAAAUUGAAGAAAAAUCUUUAUUAAAAGCAUUACGAGAAUCUGUUGAUAAAGCAUUUCAAAAGAAAAAAUUAUCUUAUCAACAAACUAUGAAUUAUUUUCAAUCAAUUACUGAGAGAGAAAUACGUCGAGGAACAAUGGAAAAAAAUCGUUCCAAUGUUAUUGGUAUUGUUCGUGACUUUUCAAAUCCAAUUAUUGAAACAGCCAUAGAUGCAAAAUUUUUUGGUUAUUCAACAAAAACUGAACGUAUAACUAAUUCAAUAGAUCAAUUAAAAACAUAUUGUGCUAAAGUAACACCAGCAAAACAAUUUAAAAAAUUUCUUGUACCAUGGAAAUCUGGCGGUUUAAAUAUAACAAAUGAACCAUCUCAUCGACAAUAUAUCGAUGAGUUCUGUACAUUUUUAACAUCAACUAUCAUGGAAUUAAUUGAAAAUACUUGUCGUACAAUGUCAAAUAAAACUCUUUCACCAUUUCAUGAAGAGCUUCUUCAUCAUGCUAUAUUUUCUCGAGAAAAAACGAAAUUUUUUUUCGGUAGAGAAGAACUUUUAGCUAAUGUUCAUUCACGUAUUGAAUUAAAUCGUCGAAAUAUCUCAACACCAAUUGCUUUUGUUGCUGAAUCAGGUAGUGGAAAAACAUCAUUUAUGGCACGAUUAGCACAAGAGUUACGUGUAUGGUAUCCAACAAGUGUUAUAUUCAUACGAUUUUUGGGUACAUCAGCACCAUCAACAAAUAUUGAAUCAGUUAUACGUUCAUUAUGUACACAAUUGAAAAUUUUAUAUGGAAAUGAUGAUGAUAAUGAUGAUGAUGAUGAUGAUGAUGAUAGUUCUUUAACAUUUUCAUCACUUGUUCGAAUAUUUCAUGAACGAUUAAAAGCAAUAUCAAAAAGACGUUUAAAAAAUCUUAUAAAAAGAUCUCGACCAAAACCAUUAUUUAUUUUAUUAGAUGCUAUUGAUCAACUUGAAGAUACAUCUAAAUAUUCAUUUCAAUUUGAUUCAUGGCUGUUACGUUAUUUACCACGUGAUGUUCAUAUAUUUUUAUCAUUUAUACCAACAAUUGAACGUUUUAAUUUAAAAGAUUUAUUUUUACAAUUCAUACGAAAUGACGAUUCAACAUUAUUUACGAUACCUCGUCUCCGGCCAAAUGACUGUGAAGAUAUAAUUCGAAAUUCUUUACAAUCAUAUAAUCGACAAUUAACAUCUGAACAAUACAUAUACUUAUUAGCAACUGUAGAACAAAAUCCCAAACCUUUAUAUUUAAAAUUAUUGAUUGAUAUUGCACGACGAUGGACAUGUUAUCAAAAACAAUCAUUACAAAUAACACUUUCAUUACCUGAGACAAUUGAAGAUGCUGUUGAACAAUUAUUUGCACGUUUAGAAAAUCGUCAUGGUAAAGAAUUUGUUCAAUAUUCACUUGCUUAUUUAGUUUAUGGUUUAAAUGGUAUAUCAGAAAAUGAAUUAGAAGAUUGUUUAUCAAUAAAUGAUAUUGUUUUAAAUGAAAUUUAUUCUCAUCAUGAUCCACCAAUACCAAAUGCAAUACAUGUACCAUCACUACUUUGUCAAUCAUUUCUUUAUUCAAUAAAAGAAUAUAUAAGUCAUAAACAUAUACAUAAUAAACAUAUUCUAUCAUUUUAUCAUAGAAAAUUUUCUGAAUCAACAAGAAAACGUUAUAAACAUUUACGUGAACAAUGUCAUGAACAUCUUAUUGAAAUUUAUUGUAAUGAUCAAACAUCAUAUAAACGUACAAUAAUAUUAAAGAAACGAAAUAAUAAAAUAUUAAAUGAUGCUGAUCGUUUAAUUAAUACACAAAUAACAAAUAUACUUAAUAAAAGAAAAUUGAUAUCAUUACCAUAUCAUUGUUUAGAAUUUGGUUUUGAAAAAGAUCAUUUAUUACGAUCAAUAUGUUUAUUCAAUUUAAAUUUUCUUUCAUGUCAAUUAAAAAGUCUUGGUCAUACAAUAUUUCUUGAUACAAUAAGAUAUUGUUUACGUUUAAGACCCAAUUGGUUUGAUUUGAAACGUCUUUAUCGUGCUAUAUGGUCGAUUGAUGAUGAAUUUAUUAAAGAUUCUGAUGUUUCAUUAAUACUUGCAGAACAAAUACUUGGUUUUAUUGAUGAUGAUCAAACAAGUCAAUUAUAUGAUGAUAGUAAUCAAUUAAAUACAAAUAAUGAUCUUGAAAAACUUAUUCAUGAUUGUCGAAAAUAUUGUAUCGAACAUCAAAAUUCAUUUUGUUCAUUAUAUGCUGGUUUUCCACAAGAAACUGGUGCAUUAGCAUGGAGUUAUUCACCCGUAACACAUAUUUUAUAUACUAAUGAAUUUUAUACACUUGUUCUUCUUGAUGGAACACAAGAUGAAGAUGAAACACAUUUUAUUCAAACAUCUACAGUUGCUGUGAUUAAUUUACAAACAGGAAAAGUCGAUAAAAUAUAUUUAGACGAAAAUUUUAAUAAAAUUUGGGAUGGUUAUAUAACGAAAAAUGGAAAUAAAAUAUAUUUAUUUGGAACUCAUACAGUACAAACAUUUAAUAGUCGAACAGGUGAUAUGCUAAAUGAAAAAACAUUAUCAUGGGACAAUAAGUCAUUUUGUAAUAAAGCUUAUUGUAUGACAAGUAAUGAAGAGCAGUUAGUGGUGGCCAAUGAAUGGCGUGUUCUAGCAUUGGACGAAGUUGAUGAGAAAGCAAUUUAUCGAAGUGGUCGAAUACCAAUAAAAAAUCCAUCAUUUCAAAUAGACAAUAGUAAGAAUGUGAAAGUUUGUCUUCGAUGUAUUGGUGCUAAUGAUGAUUAUAUACUUUGUAUUAUAUUUGACGAAAAUAAUCAUGGUCUUAUUACACUUUGGUCAUUAAAUGAACAUGUUGAGAUGUUACCAAUGCGUUUUGCUUUUAUUCAUCAUAAUGAAUCGUCACCUAGUCUAUUUGAUUUGCCAUCAAAUAGUAAUGAAAUUUUAUAUCUUGCUAGUGUUAAUGGAGAUAUUCGAAUAUUAGAUCUUCUUAAAAUAAAAACUAAAACUAAAGUACUAAGUUUAUCUAGUGAUGAUAUGAUUCAACAAGUGACUAUUUUACAAAAUCAAGUAUUAAAUCGUUUAGUUUGUUUAUCUGAUGAUAUAAUAGCUAUAUCAACUGAAGAAUACAUAACUUUAUUUGAUCGAAAAAAUUUAUCAGAAAUUUUACAAACAAUUAAUCUAAAUGCACAAGUUUUUAAUUGGAAUAUGAUAAAUCAAGAUGAUCAUAAUCAAAUAUUAAUAACAGUUGAUUCAAGUCAACAAUUUAUAACAAUAUAUCGUCAAGAAAAAAAGACUUCAUCAUCAUUAAAUCAAAUGAAAAUUGAAUUUCGUUCAAAUGUUCAAUAUAUCGAAUUAAUUCAAACAACAACAAUUAUGGAUAAUGAUGAAAAGAAAAAAACUUAUAUUUUAAUUUUACUUGAUGACCAAACAAUACAAUUGCUUGAUACCAAUCAAUUAUCACAAUCAAGUUUACAACCAAAAGGAUUACUUGCUAAAAUAAAAAGUUAUAAUAUAAGUAAUACAAGUAUUACAGCAUGUGAAUAUGAUUUGAAUUGUCCAUUGUCAAUUUCUUUUUCGAAUAAUCAAUCUUCAACUCCACAAUUAUUACAUGCAUUUGAAAAUAUGAAUAUUGAAUAUAUUACUAUGCUCAAUAAUGAACAAUAUUAUGUUAUUAUUACCGGUGAAUAUAUGGUUUAUAUUUAUUCAAUAGAUAAUCUUAAUCAAAUAGUUUUUCAAUAUGAUCUCAAAAUAAAAUCACAAUCAAAUUUAUUUUCAUUACAAACAUAUCAUUCAGAUAUAAUUAUAUUUAUGUUUAUGAAUCAAUUUAUAAUUUUACAAAUAAAAUUUUAUGAUAUUGAAAAUGUAUUUAAAAUUCAGUCAGAACAAAUUUUUCCUAUUUCAAUCCGUGAUGUUCAAUAUUCACUUGAAUUUACACCAAAUAACCAUUUUCUUAUUCUUAAACAAUCAUUAAACCUUAGUAAUUAUCCUGAUCUUAAUGAUUUUCGUAUUUUUACUUGUAAUAAUCAAUUUAAAAUUUCACCUAUUCAAGAACCUAUUACUUACAUUAAAUCAAAAUUAAGUGCAAGUGGUAAAAUUAUUGGGUUUAUGACUUAUGCAUCUUCAUUUACUCGAUCGCUACUCUGGUUAGCUUAUCAAGGGACAAUAUUGUACGUUCGUCUUCCAUCAAAUUUAGCUGAACUUGAUAUACGUUCUGAUUAUCAUUGUUGGAUGCGUCAUUCUCUCGCAAUGUAUGAAAAAACAACGGAAAAAUGUAGUUUAUCAAUUAACAUAACAAGUUUAGCUGUACAAUCACCGAAUGAUUUAUGUAUAGCAUCAGGGGGUGAUGAUGGAUCGAUUGUUAUUUGGCAUUUGACAAAUAAAUAUAGUCACGAGGUCUUAGAAUCAAUUCAUAUGGAUAAGAUAACUGAUCUUAAAUUUGAUAUGAAUACAACUCGAUUAUUUUCAUCAUCAUAUGAUCGUACACUUGCUAUAUGGUCUCCUAUUAAAUUACUUCACGUUCUUCGAGUACAUAUACCUAUUGAUAGAAUUAAUCUUCUUUCUGUUUCUAAUACUCUUCUUGCUCGUGCAAAAUUCUGGGGAUUUGAUCGACUUAUGAUGUUUUAUAUUGGAAAUUAUUUGCAACAGUCAACAUCUAUAAAACAGAACACUAUUAUGAAAGAACUUCAGAAUAUGACAGAUAUUCAAGCAUGUGAUGUAGCAAGUUGGGCUUUAUAG